UCGACUUGGCUUUUCGACUCACGUGAUCGGGAAACGCGUUGCGCGGCAAAAGGCUCUUGCAAUAAUAACGGGUUUAUCGGAUGCGACCCUCUCGGCUCGUAAGCUUUUUCAAAAAUCGUGUGUCUGCAGAUGAGCAACAGUUAAAGCCGUAUAGUCACCAAAACAAUAGCAUUAAAACUAAAAGUACUUUUAACAUUUGUAAAUUAAACAGCCUUGGUAUGGGCAAAGAGUUUUAAUUGAACAACAACACAACUCCAGCUGGUUCAAAGCAGUUUAAGCCGCCUUGUACCUUACCUACAUCAACAACAACAACCAUUACACCAACUACCACCAACAACAACACCUGGAAAUCAGCAUAAACUCAAUUGUCGCCUAGUGAAUUGAACCAAAGUGAAGGUGUUAAAACUCAGAGUGUAAGGGGGAUAUCGAAUAUAAGAAGCCGCUAAAACAAAACCGGCUGAAUUUUCUCUGACAAAAUGGAAGCGUCGCAUAGGAACCACCGAAAUCCAGCCUUCGUGGGCGACGACGGACGCAGUACGGCCAGCACAGUGGAGAUUUCGGCCAACAAUCCCGCCCUGCGAGAUAAUUCCGAUGACCAGGAGGCGGCCAAAUUGCCAGAGGAGCGGGCCACCUGGGGCAAGGGCAUCGAGUUCCUGAUGUCCUGCAUCGCCAUGUCCGUGGGCCUGGGAAACGUGUGGCGAUUCCCCUUCACCGCCCUCGACAACGGCGGCGGCGCCUUCCUCAUUCCAUAUCUCAUUGUCCUGUUCCUGAUUGGCAAACCGAUUUACUAUUUGGAAAUGGUAAUUGGCCAGUUUUCCAGUCGCGGCUCCGUAAAGGUUUUCGAUUUGUGCCCGGCCAUGAAAGGUGUUGGAGCCGGACAGGCGUUCCAGGUGUUUAUGCUCAGCACUUACUAUGCCGCCCUGGUAGCGAUAAUUGGCCGAUAUUUCGUUGAAUCAUUCCGCAACCCAUUGCCCUGGGCCACAUGCCGAGCGGAAUGGGGUAUCCACUGCAUCAACUCAGCCCCCGAUGCAAAUAAUUGGUCUCAAGUGGAUAGCGAUGAUCAGCGCCCGCAAAAUUACACAAUGAAAUCACAAAACGAUAGGGUCAUCACCAGUUCGGAAUGGUAUUUUGUUAAGGAAGUGUUGCACGAGACUCCAAAUAUCGAGAAUGGAAUUGGGAUGCCCAAUUGGGAGCUCGUCGUUGGCCUUUUUAUCGCCUGGGCUUGUGUCUUCCUCAUUAUUCGGCGCGGAGUCAAGAGUUCAGGAAAGGCAUCCUACUUUUUGGCCAUCUUCCCUUACGUCAUCAUGGGAGUCCUUCUGGUGCGAGCUGUCACACUGCCGGGAUCCAUAGACGGCAUCUACUACUUUAUCAAGCCGCAGUGGGGUAAAAUCCUGGACCCGAAGGUCUGGUACGCAGCUGUGACUCAGUGUUUUUACUCGCUGUCCGUUUGUUUUGGCAACAUCAUCAUGUACUCCUCGUUCAACAAGUUUGGCCACAAUGUGCACAGGGAUGCGGCGAUUGUAACGGGUCUGGACACUAUGACUUCCCUGCUGGCGGGAUUCACGAUUUUCGGUAUCCUGGGACAUUUGGCUCACGAAAUCGGCACUGAUGACAUUGGUUCGGUGGUGAAAGGUGGUGCCGGAUUGGCUUUUAUCUCGUAUCCCGAUGCCAUUGCCAAGUUCAAGCAACUGCCACAGAUAUUCUCGGUCCUGUUCUUCCUCAUGCUCUUCGUCUUGGGUAUAGGAUCUAAUAUCGCCAUGACAUCCUGCUCGGUGACCGCCAUUCGGGAUCGGUUCCCUAACUUCAAGCAGUGGCAGUGCUCCCUGCUCAUAGCAGUCGUUAGCUUUGUGAUCGGUCUGAUGUACAUAACGCCGGGCGGCCAAUAUAUGCUGACUCUAGUGGACUUUUUUGGCGCCUCGAUGAUUGCCCUCGUACUAGGAAUUGCCGAGCUGUACACUGUAGGGUGGAUCUAUGGCACUGAUCGCCUGUGCAAGGACAUUGAGUUCAUGUUGGGUCGCAAAGUGGGCCUCUACUGGAGACUCUGCUGGAGCAUUUUCACCCCGUUGAUAAUGACUGUUAUUUUGAUAUAUUUCUACGCGACCUACGAACCCCUGACCUACAACAACAUUGUCUACCCCAAUUGGGCUUACAGUAUUGGCUGGUUAAUCACCGCCUUUGGCAUUCUUCAACUGCCCAUUUGGAUGAUUGUGGCCAUUAUUCGAGAUCCAGGCCAAACUGUGGGUGCAAAAAUACGCGGCGCCUUUACACCGAAAAAGAAUUGGGGACCCCUUGACCCUCUACUUCGAGAGCAGUAUAACAAGGAAAUCGAAAACGAAUUGACCCCGAAACGUGGACAGGGUAUUUGGGCUGCCAUCAAGCAGAAUAUAUUUGGAUAAGCCCAGAUGGGUAAAAUUUGCAACAAGCGCCCUUGUAAAUAAUAUGUUGUAAUUUAAGUGAAAAGAAUUAAAAAGAUCUUGUAUAAAUAUUAAGUCUGCCAAUAAACUUGAUAAGUAUGUAUCAAAA